GGCGGAGAAGCCCAGACCAGGAGAUGACAGCUGAUUGAUCUAACCUAGAGGACGUGUUCUCCUGAGAAUUGUUCAUCUCCAUUGAAGCUCACAUCAUCCAGGUUAAUAGUCUGCAGGACUACUGUGUGGUUUUGGACCAGUAUAAUUAUCAAGCGGCCAAUCUGUGGGCACCUAGCAAUUACUAUUUAUGAAGUCCCGCAGCAGGAGAGUCCUUCCAAGUGUGGUGUCCGGUCAUCAGUGCUGCCAGCUGGUUGGGUCAGAACCGGACUUCCUGACUUCGGACAGGCUGACCAGGACCACCAGCCAGCACUACCACCGGCCUGGACCAGACAGAAGGAAGUUCACCAGGUCAGCACACUUCAGCAUGCUGGCCAUCAAGCAGAACCCCAUGCUAGCGGAGGCCUACUCCAACCUGGGGAACGUCUACAAGGAGAGAGGACAGCUUCCCGAGGCGCUAGAAAACUACCGGCACGCCGUGCGGUUGAAGCCAGACUUCAUCGACGGCUACAUCAACCUGGCCGCAGCGCUGGUGACUGCCGGGGAUAUGGAGGGUGCAGUCCAGGCAUACUGUCAGGCACUGCAGUAUAACCCUGUAAGUUCGGACCUGUACUGUGUGCGGAGCGACCUGGGAAAUCUACUGAAGGCGCUGGGGAGACUGGACGAGGCCAAGGCCUGCUACCUGAAGGCCAUCGAGACACAACCAAACUUCGCUGUGGCCUGGAGCAACCUGGGCUGCGUCUUCAAUGCCCAGAGCGAGAUCUGGCUGGCCAUUCACCACUUUGAAAAGGCCGUCCAGCUAGACCCCAACUUCUUGGACGCUUACAUCAACCUCGGCAACGUGCUGAAAGAGGCACGAAUCUUUGACAGAGCUGCAGUAGCAUACCUGCGAGCACUCCAACUCAGCCCUAACCAUGCUAUUGUACAUGCCAACCUAGCCUGUGUGUACUACGAACAAGGGUUGAUCGACUUGGCAAUUGACACAUACCGGCGCGCCAUUGAGCUACAGCCCCACUUCCCAGAUGCUUACUGCAACCUGGCCAAUGCCCUCAAGGAACAGGGCAAGGUGGCGGAGUCGGAAGAGUGUUACAAUACGGCCCUACAACUGUCGCCCACCCAUGCCGACUCACUCAACAACCUGGCCAACAUCAAGCGAGAACAAGGCUGCACAGAGGAGGCCGUCAAGCUGUACUGUAAAGCCUUGGAGGUGUUCCCUGAGUUUGCUGCUGCCCACUCCAACCUUGCCAGCGUGCUGCAACAACAAGGCAAGCUGCAAGAGGCGCUCAUGCACUACAAGGAAGCUAUCAGGAUUGCGCCCACCUUUGCAGAUGCGUACUCCAACAUGGGGAAUGCUCUGAAGGAAAUGCAGGACAUCCAGGGAGCCAUGCAGUGUUACACCCGUGCCAUCCAAAUCAACCCAGCCUUCGCUGAUGCACAUAGCAACCUAGCGUCAAUCCACAAGGAUUCUGGCCAGAUCCCAGAAGCCAUUGCCUCCUACAGAACUGCGCUGAAGUUGAAACCGGACUUCCCCGACGCUUACUGCAACCUGGCCCACUGCCUACAGAUUGUCUGUGAUUGGACGGACUAUAACGCUCGCAUGAAGAAGCUUGUAGCGAUCGUAGCGGACCAGCUGGACAAGAACCGUCUGCCGUCUGUCCACCCCCACCACAGCAUGCUAUACCCGCUGUCCCACGCCUUCCGGAAGGCCAUAGCAGCACGUCACGGGAACUUGUGCCUGGAGAAGAUCAAUGUUCUGCACAAGCCACCCUACGACCACCCCAAGGACCUGGUACUCAGCAAGGGGCGUCUGAGGAUAGGCUAUGUCAGCUCCGACUUCGGGAACCACCCCACCUCCCACCUCAUGCAGAGUAUUCCUGGCUUCCACAACAAGGAAAAUGUCGAGGUGUUCUGCUAUGCUCUGAGUCCGGAUGACGGCACCACAUUCCGAGCCAAGAUCCUGAAGGAGUCGGAGCACUUUGUGGACCUGUCGCAGAUCCCCUGUAACGGGAAGGCUGCCGACCGCAUCCACCAAGAUGGCAUCCACAUCCUGGUCAACAUGAACGGAUACACCAAGGGCGCUCGUAAUGAGAUCUUCGCAUUGAGACCUGCACCCAUCCAGUCCAUGUGGCUGGGUUACCCAGGCACCAGCGGAGCCUCCUUCAUGGACUACCUGAUCACUGACAUCAUCACCUCCCCCAUCGAACAAGCCGAUCAGUACUCUGAAAAACUGGCCUACAUGCCCAACACCUUUUUCGUCGGCGACCACGCACAGAUGUUCCCCCAUCUCAAGGAGCGUGCAGUGCUGGGCACGACUGCAGCGGGAGUCAAAAUCAUCGAUAACAAAUCCGUCAUCAACGCCACAGACCUGAAGCCUGUUCUGGAGAUGCAGGAUGUCAAGGUAAAGAAGGAAAAGAUCCCUCUUCAUCUACCCCUGACCAAUGGGGACUCAGCCUCUGCUAACGAGGAGGAGAAGGUCGUGGAGACACCCAUCAUCGAGAUCAACACCACCACGGCACAGAUGCAGACCAUGGUGACCCAGGGACAGGUGUCCACCUGCAUGAACGGGGUCGUGGUACAGAACGGCCUGGCCACCUCACAGGUGAACAACAAGGCUGCUACAGGAGAGGAACCCCCCGCGAACGUGAUUGUGACGACCCGUGUACAGUACGGCCUGCCGGAGGACAGCGUCGUGUACUGUAACUUCAACCAGCUGUACAAGAUUGACCCUGCCACUCUGCAGAUGUGGGUCAAUAUUCUGAACCGAGUACACAACAGCGUCCUGUGGCUCCUUCGCUUCCCGGCCGUCGGGGAACAGAACGUGCUGAACGCCGCAACGCAGAUGGGCCUGUCGCCCGGGCGCAUCAUCUUCUCGCACGUGGCGCCGAAGGAGGAGCACGUGCGGCGGGGACAACUCGCCGACGUGUGCCUGGACUCCCCGCUCUGCAACGGCCACACCACGGGCAUGGAUGUCCUCUGGGCUGGCACUCCCAUGAUCACCCUACCAGGAGAGACCCUGGCCUCACGAGUAGCGGCCUCACAGUUGAACUGCCUGGGCUGCCCUGAGCUGGUGGCCCACACACGCGCUGAAUACGAGGACAUCGCCGUCCAACUGGGGAAUGAUGUGGACUACUUGAGGAGGGUAAGAGCCAAGGUGUGGAAGCUCCGUACCACCAGCCCUCUGUUCGACUGCCACCAGUACGCUCUAGACAUGGAGAGGUUGUACAGACGCAUGUGGGCGCGCUACGAGAAGGGACAACCCGCCGACCACAUCACAGAACCCUUUAAGUUAGCCUAGGAUUGUUUUUUCAGCUCACUAUCAAAGCUACUCGGAGAAAAAGAAGGAUUGGGAAUUACCAUAGAACAACAUAAAACAGAACAUCAUCGGGUACUAAGCUUUCCUGCCAGAUCUCACUAUAACCAGCUUAUGCUACAAACACUAAAAGUAGUUGAGGCAUAGUACCGUAGCUUUCAAGACCUAUCCCACACAAGUGUAGUACUGAAUACUCUUACCAAGACUGAUGCCGUAACCUGUGUCAGUGCGAGCUACAUUGUACAUCACGAUAAACUAGAUAUGUUAACCCCAUCAGUGAGUACAUGCAAUUUAAACCUUGAACAACAACGCGAAGGAAAGAGAUCUUGUUCGCUGGUUGACUUCUGGCGCGAGACGAUAGCUUGAUAUUAGUACUAGCCAUCCUGAUGCUUCUACACCAUGGAAAGAAUCGAUGUACAAUCCGUGUUGUGUCGUUUUGUUGUUGUUGUGCAGAGUUAUGGAUAUACGUUCCAAUCCUGGUGUCAGAAGUUAACUGGAGCAUACCAACCGAUGCAUCAACAGAUUCUCAGCAUUACUAUUUCAGAGUGUACCUAAUAUUCCCUCCCCACAGUAGAUCCUACAUGUUAGAUAUGUAUUUAUCCUGGUGACUAGUUUGGUCGGGGGCAAUUUCUACAGGUUUUCAAGGGCACACGGUAAGGGAAAGAAAAUACUGCGAAAAUGUAGGUUCUGUUUGACCACAGUUGAGCGUUAGUAGAUGUGUUAGGCCAUCCGAUGUUACCUAUAAAUGUGAUUCUUAUUGUAGUUGCCGUUGUGUAAUGCCGUAGACUGAUGCCAGCGUCUUGCUUUAUAUAGCCUUAUGCAGUAUAAUGUAAAUACAUACAGAUAUUAUGGGUAAUGUUUCUAAAUGGUGUGCUUAAUUAAUGGCAUGUAAGAAUUAAGCACAGUGACAUAGGUUUGUUCCCAGUAGUUUGUACAGGUAGUUUGGACAAGUGAAACAAAAGAAAGGGUAUCAAUUUUUGCCCAUUACUGUAAAUUAUUUUGAAGAUCAUUUAUUUCAAGUUUUUUUGUGUUCCUUUGCUCCUAAUAUUUUAUUCCCGUGUCCCCCUUUUUUGUCUGUUAACUUUUUGCUGCAAAUAAACGGCAUGGAGCACUGCAAAUGAUGA